AUGAAACAUCAUUCAACCAUCAUUUUUUUUGAUUACACAACCGAUCCAAGCACAAACAGCGCUCCAGGUUGUGCCUCGUCCAACUCAGAGGUGCCGGUGCCGAAACCUCGCCGACGUUUGAGCGUUGGCCAAGUAGAUGAAACCGAACUGCCCGGAAACCAGGAUGCAGAGGCUGACAAGGACCGUGGUCUAAUUGCUCAGUUCAGCAAAAAUAAUCUUAUUGAGAUGGUCUCAGAUGCGGAUCAAACAGGUAAAGGCAAAAGUGGCCGCAGGGUGAGUCUCAGUUCCAGGACGGACAAGGGCACCACCUCAUUCGCCAACAAGACAAUGCAAAAGUUGGGAGACAGCGAUGUGGAUCUUGCCAAGUGUGGCAUUGGCUUCACUUGCAGAAAGGGAUUGAAGCCUGAAAGUCCCAACCAGGACUCCUGGUUUGUGCUCAAGAUGGACAGCUUCUCUCUCUAUGGAGUUUUUGAUGGUCAUGGGCAGAAGGGCCAUGACGUCUCCAACUUCGCUAUGGACAUGCUGCCGAAGUGCAUCAUUAAAGAUGAGCGUUGUUUCACCACCAGGGAUUGGGGCCCCAUUUUGAUCGAGGCUUUCAAGAAGACCCAGAACUUCAUCAUGGUUUCAGACAAGGGCAAAACCAUCCAGGCUCAGAUGUCUGGCACCACUGCCACCGUCGCUAUUCAUGACCAUUCGGACAAUUCCAUCACCAUUGGCCAUGUAGCUGACAGCACCGCUGCGCUUGGAUCCAAGCAUGGUGAUGGAUGGAAUGGAGUGGCGUUGACGAGGGACCACAAGCCAAACCUGAAGGAUGAGAAAGCCCGCAUCGAGAAGUCUGGUGGCCGGGUGGUGUUCGAUGGAUAUGCCAACUACCGUGUCUAUGCGAAGAAUGCCCGCUAUCCAGGCUUGAACAUGUCCCGGUGCUUGGGCGAUUUGCUGGGGCACGCGGAGUGCGGAAUGUCAUGCGAACCAGAAAUUAACAAAGUGAAAUUCGAGCCAGACAAGCAGUACAUCCUCUUGCUUUGCAGCGACGGAGUUUGGGAAUUUAUCUCCGCGCAAGAAGCCGUGGAUACCGUCAGCCGGUUCGAUGCUGGCAAGGCUUGCAAGGCAGCUGAUGAGCUUGCAAAAGAGGCUUGGGAUCGAUGGAUCAAGGAGGAGGGCGGCAGUGUGGUGGAUGACAUCACAGUGGUUCUUCUGUACAUGGGCUUUCCCCCCGGGGCAGAAGAUGGAGCCAACGCGUGCCACCGCCGCUCUGACAGAUGCCCCUUCCACAAGAUGGUUGCCAUAUCCUGGGCUGAAGAGUCCAAGGGCUGUACUCCACCUAUGCAAUUCAAGGCAUUGGACGCUGUAAGUCAACGUCCCAACGUCCGUACUGCGACGGGCAGGGUGCCAGAAGUGCGAGCACUGAAAAGAUCGCCAUCCUCAAUGGGCCGGCGAGAGCUGAGCAGUGAAUCUGAAACCAAAAGGUGCGUGGGUAGUGCAGGUUGUGUCCAGGCUGCAUUUGCAGCUUUUGGCAAACUGGGAGACUCGCGGCUGGAGGAGUGUCUCACCGAGAAAGGGCUCUGUGUGCUGGAUGCGAGCGACUUCCCUCGACCGGCGGAUCGCUUCCGCUUUAUCCAGGAGGCGGAACGACUUCCCAAGAGGCUCCAUGGAUCACCACCGGCCAAGAGAGAACCGAAGGCCAAGGUGGCCGAAGGCUUACUGGGCGACCUGGGCUCUCACCGAAUCUUCAACUUGGCUUCACCAGAAGCGAAGGCGUAUCCUGCCCUGGAACAGCUGCGGAGGGAAAUGGAGAAAAUCUCUUCAGCGGUGGCAGGAGCCACUCACUGCUGCGGGGCUCCCAUCUCCGAGCCGUGGCUGCUGGAGGCCCGGACGCCCCUGGCCAUCUCCCUGCCGCAAGAGGAGAUAACGGAAGCUACGGCUGAGUACUGGUCCAAGAUCUUCCUCCAGCACAGAUUCCAGGUCUUGCUCUUCUUGGGGCACCAGGGUGGAUUGCUGCAGCUUUCAUCCUCCACAUCCAGCAUUGAGGUGAGCAUCAACCCCGGGAUGCUGGUGAUCUUGCGACCGGAGCUUUGGGUUUCGCGCAGCUAUAGCAGCACGUCCAGAAAGAGGAACUUCGUGGUCUGUAGCUUCGUGCUGAGUGCUGCUCCUCGGGAGACGCCUUUCUAUGCCGAGGAUCUUUUACAGUGGUGCGUUGGACGCUUGGCAGCAGUGAAGGAGAUGCACGUGUCUGAGGAUCAGGCGAGUUUGGCUUCAGUGCCAUCUUCAUGGCAAAGGGCGGCAGCGGCACAUUUCGCUGUGGGUGAGCAGGCUGCAGUGAAGGGGAUGUGCUGCCGGACCGCCAGCGGCUGGCUGAAAGACAGCUUCCAGCUUCCGGCCUUUGCAGGGGCAGAUUUGGUGACCGAGAUCCCUCACCAACGCUUCGAUGUGCAACAGUGGUGUGCUAAUGGUCAGGAAGAAGUAGUCCAGAAUGGCAUCAGCUGUUCAAGGCACGGUUCCUUCAUGGAGGCUGCGGAUCUAUUUGAUCACAGCUUCUUUGGCAUCAGCGCAAAGCAGGUGAGCAACAUGCCAGUGUCCGAGAGGUGGGCCUUGGAAGUUGGUUACGAAGCCCUGUUUGACGCAGGUUACACCAAGCAGUCGCUUCGGCGUUUGAAGGGUGAUGUCCUGGUGGGGGUGCAUACUGUGGAGAACCAGCUGAACUUCAGGACAUCUGAAGCGUCCUCUUUCGGCUUGGGUGGUUCGCAGGCUCGCGAGGCAAACUUGCUGUCAUUUCACUUGAAUCUCACUGGACAGAGCAUCGUGUUCGACACAGAUGGCUCAUCUUCCUUUGCAGCUCUCCACCAUGCUCAUAUGGAACAGUCCGCUGAACAGGAUGAGCCCCUUGUAGCUGGCCGUGGUGCGCCCUUCUCGCUGGUCCUCAGCAGCUUUUGGAACGUCUCACCCGCAUGCUUCGUGAACUUCAGCUUCAGAGGGUUGAUGUCCCCGAAGGGCAGGUGUUUCUCCUUCGACGAUGAUGCCAAGGGCUUUGUGCGCGGUGAAGGAAGCGCUUCACUUGUGUUGCGGAGGCUCUUUGGCGAAGAGGUGGAUUCUUCCGGCAACGAGGGUCUCAUCAGGGCAGUAGAGAUGACCCAGUCUGGUGCUGCUUCAGAUGUAGAUGCCGCGUUCCUGGCAAUCCAAGAGCUACUGGAUAUGGUGCUGGCUCGCAGCUACUGUCGGCCCUCUGAUGUAGAUAUGGUGGAAUGCCACGCACCAGGAGCAUCAGUAGCAGAUGCGAUGGAGGCCAUUUCUUGCAACUACGUGCUGCGGGAGGAAACCUUGGAGCCGCUUCAACCUUUGCCCAUGACCAGCUAUAAGGCCGCCAUGGGCUCGGGCUAUGCGGCAGCGGGAUUGCUCGGACUCAUCCGUUGCCUCCGUUGUACAAGGUGUUCCUUGCUGCCCGCAAAUGUGAUGCUCAGGCAGCUGAAUCCCCACUUGGCCGAAGAGGUGGUGGAGGGGACUGCGCUGCUCUUCCCCAGUGAGUCACUGGAGCUACACCAUUCGCUCGUGCUCCCUACUGGUCUUAUGCUGGUGAACAGCUUUGGUUCCAGUGGCACCAACUGCGCGGCAUUGGUGGGGGCGGCUGCACGACUUGGAUCAGACCGGCAUCCACAGACUGCAGAUUCCAAAAAAUGA